UCGAUGGUUUGACACCUCUAUUAUAUAAUUAUUUUAUUCCGUGAAAAACCUGAAAGCUGGAAACAAUGGCUGGUGAAGGCGAGAAACUGACCGGCUUGUCGAAAAUAUUCAAUGGCUCGACCAUGAGCGGACGCGCCAAUGUGGCCAAGGCUACAUAUGCUGUGAUGGGACUCGUGAUUGCCUACCAGAUCCUGAAGCCCAAGAAGAAGUAGAGGGCUGCCGUUGCCUCCCUUUGUUUUCUUCUCGUACCAAGUGCUUCUGCAGCCCCAGUCGGACCCCUGGACCGUAUGCUCGUGAUCCGAACACCAAAGAACGGGCGCCGCAGGAUCGAGGCCAUGUAAUUUCAUGUGCAGUGCAAGACCUUGAAGGAAUAAAUAAGUUGAAAAUUUAACACAC